GCUCAUACAGGAAAGAAACCAUAUUCAUGCUCAGAAUGUGGGAAAUGUUUUAGUUUUAAAUCAGGUCUUGUUACACAUCAAAGAACUCACACAGGAGAGAAGCCAUUUUCAUGUUCAGAAUGUGGGAAAUGUUUUAAUCAGAAAUCAAUUCUUGUUGUACAUAAAAGAACUCACACAGGAGAGAAGCCCUUUUCAUGUUCAGAAUGUGGGAAAUGUUUUACUUUUCAAUCAAGUCUUGUUAAACAUCAAAGAACUCAUACAGGAGAGAAGCCAUUUUCAUGUUUAGAAUGUGGAAAAUGUUUUGCUCAGAAAUCAGAUCUUGUUAAACAUCAAAGAACUCACACAGGGAAGAAGCCAUUUUCAUGUUCAAAAUGUGGGAAAUGUUUUACUCAGAAACCACAUCUUGUUGUACAUCAAAUAACUCACACAGGAGAGAAGCCAUUUUCAUGUUCAAAAUGUGGGAAAUGUUUUACACAGAAGUCAAGUCUUCAUCAGCAUCAAAGAAAAGAACUCACACAGGGGAGAAGUCAAUUCAGAGGAAUAAUUGAUGCAGAUAACACAUCUAUAUAUUAACCAUGUACAUAGGAUAGUUGACAGUAAUAUAUAUAUAUAUCAUUUCCAAACUUGUUACCAAUUUUUAAGAAGUUCUCUAUAUUAUAUGAUUUAUUAUUCUUAUAUCCAUCUCCGCACACUGGACUUAUAAUAAAUGUAAUAUUGUCCCUGACGUUGUAUAUAGGGAAUGUAACGCGUCAGUGUUGUCCCCGCCCCCUUCUCAUUAUGAUUAUAGAGACUUUAAUUCAAGGCAUCAGACAGGA